AUGGCAGGUGCCUUCCGAAUAUUUGCGAAGUUGGGGUUUGCUGAUGGCGCAUCGGGACACAUAAGUUUGAGAGACCCUGUGAAUCCGAACUAUUUCUGGAUCGACCCGUACGCCAAACACUUCGCCUGCAUCACCGUUUCGGACCUUAUACUGGUGAAUCAUGAGGGAACUCCGCUCACAGCCACGGAGAACAAAGUCAACACGGCAGGAUUCAUUAUCCGUUCAUCGAUCCACCAGGCGCUAAAUGCUGUGUGCCACAUGCAUUCGCCCUACAGGAGGGCCUGGUCAACCUUUGGCAAGGGCAUUGAAAUGUUGAAUCAAGCCACAUCCCGCACUGACAACGAUCGUAGAGUCCCACUUACCACUGCCGGCCCGACCGCCGGCGAAGCAGCAGCCUUUUUUAUUGCGUUGGAAAGGGCUUGUCAAACCCAGCUGCUGGUCGAACACGCUUUGACCCAUACUCCAGGCUUGCAAAAGAAAUAUGUCGGGGACGAAGAAGCUGCAUACACCAAAAAGGCCUCUGGAUCGCCUGCAGCAAUGUAUAUGCAAUUUGUGCCGGAAUAUGAAUUGAUUUGCAAGGAAACGGAGGGGGAUUUUACCAAAUAG